GCACCAUGACGCUUGCAGUCCAAUUCACCCACGUUUCCCGUCAGUUCGGCGAAGUGAAAGCCGUUGACCGGGUUUGCAUCGAUAUUGAGGACGGCGAGUUCUUUUCCAUGCUCGGCCCUUCCGGCUCGGGCAAGACCACCUGCCUGCGGCUGAUCGCCGGCUUCGAACAACCCAGCGCCGGCUCGAUCCGCAUUCAUGGUGAGGAAGCCGCCGGCUUGCCGCCGUAUCAGCGCGAUGUGAACACCGUGUUCCAGGAUUACGCGCUGUUCCCCCAUAUGAAUGUGCGCGACAACGUGGCCUAUGGCCUAAAGGUCAAAGGCGUGGGCAAGGCCGAACGGCUCAACCGCGCCGAAGAAGCCCUGGGCAUGGUGGCCUUGGGCGGUUACGGCGAACGCAAACCGGUGCAACUCUCCGGCGGCCAGCGCCAACGGGUGGCCCUGGCCCGCGCGCUGGUCAAUCGCCCGCGCGUGCUGUUGCUUGACGAGCCCCUGGGCGCCCUCGACCUCAAGCUGCGCGAGCAGAUGCAAAGCGAGCUGAAAAAGCUGCAACGCCAGCUCGGCAUCACCUUUAUCUUCGUGACCCACGACCAGACCGAAGCGCUGUCCAUGUCCGACCGCGUGGCGGUGUUCAACAAAGGCCGUAUCGAACAGGUCGACACCCCGCGCAACCUCUACAUGAAACCGGCCACGGCGUUCGUCGCCGAAUUCGUCGGCACCUCCAACGGGGGCUUAUAACAAUAAUUUUCAGGAUCCCCC